UUUCCCCUGGGUAGGCGGGGCCCAGAGGGUACUGUGUCUGGCGCACGGUCCUGGGUUUCAGGAGAACGCGCUGCGAUGACCGCCCUGAGCCAUAGCGAGCCUGUCGAGGCGGGCAGCAACCAACAAAUGCAUGGAAAGAAAGCACCUCUGAAGAGCUCUGUGCCUUUCCCAGAGAAACCAGAAAAGGUCCAGGAGCCCCCAGAUGACAGUCUACACUGGUCAGAAGGCUUGAAGAGUGAAGAGAUAAAGAAGUAUGGCCGGGAAGGGACACUGCUGAGCAAAUACAACCAGCAGUACCACAAGCUGUUUAAAGACAUCCCCUUGGAGGAGAUGGUUCUCAAAGUGUGUUCCUGUGCCCUCCAGAGAGACCUCCUUCUGCACGGUCGGCUCUAUAUCUCUCCCAAUUGGCUCUGCUUCCACGCCAGCCUCUUUGGCAAGGACAUCAAGGUGGUUAUUCCUGUGGUAUCUGUGCAAAUGAUCAAAAAACACAAGAUGGCGAGGCUCCUUCCCAAUGGACUGGCCAUCACCACAAACACGAGCCAGAAGUAUGUCUUUGUGUCUUUGCUCUCCCGGGACAGUGUAUAUGACAUGCUGAGGAGGGUCUGCACUCACCUGCAGCCUUCCAGCAAGAAGAGUCUAAGUGUAAGAAAAUUCCCCGAGGAAGCUGAGUGCGAGUCUGCGGUGAGAGCCGAGGCUGGGAGCAAGGGCCUGAGGGAAGUCCUUAUCCCUGAAAUGAAGUGGAGAAAAGUGUGCCCAGCCUCCACAUCACUAUCACUCCCAGACAAUAUCUCUUGUGUCUCUCGGAUACCCACAGACUCCACAGAUAGCUGCUUCCCCUCCAGAAAGCCUCCAGGGUCUGAGACCACCUAUGAGGAAGAUGCGUUGGAGGAAGAGCCCACAAUGGACCAAGAAUUGCGGCUGUGGGAUUCCCGGCUCCUCAAAGUCAUCUUUGUGAUGAUCUGCUUCUUAGUCGUGUCCUCGUCCUAUCUGGCAUUCCGAAUCUCCCGGCUGGAACAGCAAUUAUGUUCCUUGAACUGGGGUGGUCCACUCCCAGGGGACAGGUAACAGUCACUUGGCCUUCAUCCCCACACCUUGUCCAAGGAUGCUCUGGGUGCUGUGUCUACCAACGACUCCUGAGGUUUAUACUGCAGUUAUGCUGAGAAUGAGAAUGAAGGAAAAUAAUCUAGAUCCUUCCUCCAGAUCCCUCCCCCAGUACUUCUUCCCUCAAUAAGUGAUCUGAAGUACCUGUUUACAGAUUAACUGGCUCCUACAAUUUCUGAACUCAAACAAAAUGUUAGAUCUUUUGACUUUUAAUCAGGUGAGGAGUUCUGUACACUAAGCUUCAGCGACCACUUAGAUGACAGAAAACAUAUUAACUUGACUUUUUGUAAGCAGUGAUUCUGGCACACUGACAGAGCCCUGCGGGCCUCCCCCAGGGACAAAGGGCAUGCUUUGAUACCUGGAUUGCUGCUUGCUGUCAUAUGACACACUCCAGUGAGUGUUGGGGGAGGUGGGGGUAGCAGACAUAACUGCCUCUGUGCCUGCUGCCUCCCCACACUCUGAUCUCACUUGGGCCUCUCAGAAUCUUUGUUCUGGAGCUCUCAGGACUCCUCUGCAGGGAACCAGGCACCUCAGGGCUUGUGAGAAGGCUGGGAUGUUGAGAACAGAGAUCAUGGCAAGGGAUUAGCAAGAGACCAAACUUAGAGACAAACUGAGCAGAGCAGAGCUCUGGGCUGGCCCUGAACUUGGAGAAGAAUCAGGUGGGACUCAGAUUGGAGGUCCCAGAAUCCCCAUUCUGCAGCAGCCCCCUCUUUGGUAGGACAGUUAGAACAGGGGCUUUGGUAUUUGGUACUAGGUCUAUUCCCAGUGGUCCACAGACAGACAUAAGCAACAGGAAGAUGAGGGGUUUGACUUGAGGUCCAGCUGCUGGCGUACUUCCUGCAUGGCCAACUGCACUGGUGAGGGUGGCUUGCUGGACAGUAAGAUCUGUACACUAAGCUGCCAAGUGUUGGCAGAGCCCACUCAUGUCACCUGCAGCCCAUAUGUUACAAGCCAGUCUGUAGGAUCCAGGAAUCUAAAUAAGGUGGAGGUGUCUGGGUGGGGCAGGGUCAGUGUAGUGACCAGGUAGUUAUCUCUCUGACCCCUUGGGGAGAAUAUUGGAGGUAAUGAGAUGGGUGCAUACUGAUGGUUUUUGCUGGGAAGCAUCUUCACCAGUCCACUUUCCUUCUAAAAAGAACUCUAGUUCAUUUCCUCAGGACUCUCACCUGCUAAGACAGUGCCUUUGAAGGUUCUAGAAGGGCCUUAGGGAGGAAGCCAGAGGGUUCAAGGAAAGGCACAAGUGGUGGGUGGGGUAGCAUUAGGAAUAGCCACUGUUUCCUCCCUCUGAUGCUGGGAGAAGAAACCCAGGUGGGAAUUGUUGCAGAUGUGAUUGUCUCACUUAGGACAAAUUCAAGCAGGACUAGAGAAAGGACAGUAGUUGACAACUCCCUGAGCUCAGACUAGAGGUCCCUUCAUCAUCUCCCUAUUCCAGUUUCUAGGAUUGAACAUAGAGCACAGUCUUGUGUGUUGUUUGUACCAAAUCUUUACAUCUCAGGUGAAACCCCAUGUCCACUUCCCCUCCCAGGACCACAUCAUCAAAUGCCCAUCCUUAAGUGCCCAUUCUUUUGUUUUAACCACUCCCCAUCACUCUUUUCCAUUGAAUUUUUAUGGAAACAAUCCUCAUUGCCCCAGGACUUUCCUCCCCUGGUCCCUGCCAGAAGAUGGGAUAACAAAUCCAUUCUCUGAGCCUUGCUAGAUUGAACCAGGGUUCAUGAGAGGUGCCAAAUCACAAGUGGCUGUGCCAUCGUGCUGUGGAAAGCAUGGUCUCCAGCCAGCCCAAAACUCAGAAAGGGCAGCAGGUUCUAGGUAGCUGGCAUUGGAGGUAUACUUGGGGCCAGGGCCUUGAGUGAUACAUGUGUGUCUACUCCUCUGGAGGGUCCUCUCUCUGCUUCCCCCCUCUGUUCCCAUCCAGCUCCUCUAGAGGAACUGCAUGUUUGCUGUGAUCAUUCAUAGUCUAUGAGUAUUUGUACAUUCCCAAUUGCAUUGGCUAACGGUCCUCUGAUUCCCUGAGGGUUCUGUUCAACAAGAGUGGUUGUCCACCUUGGUGUUAGCCUUUGAAAUAAAAAAAAAAAAAAAGGGGGGGGGUUAAAUCCCAGGUACUGAAAAAAUGUUUUUUAAAAAAUAAAAACCUUGAUUUUUCUAGUG